GCCUUCUAGAGAUAAGACAGGCAAGAUAUAUAGGUAGGUCCCUUAGAACUUGCCCAACUUUGUCUUACUGACCGGCCUCAAAUACCUCAAACAUUUCCGCUCCUCCGUUCCUCAUCACGUUCUUAUGGGCUAUCCAAUUGAUAGGUAAGAUCAACACACUCUAGCUAGGGGUACUUGCGUCCAGACUCAGCAGCCGCUCGACCUACUGUCUUUUUCCUCCCGCGUUUCGGCGUCUCUUUAUUUCCCUCUUCUGUCGUCCUUCGGCAUACCAGCUCACGUCGAGUAGAAUCAGGUACAAUCUAUCCGGACCUUUGGCUGCCGCCUCCCAGGGCGGGAAUACCUUAGGCAUCUAGGGUAAUCGAUAUCAUCUAGUCGGACAGAUCUCACCCCUCAAACAUCAAAAUUAGGAGCCAUUCGAUGGAGGCACCAACUACAGGAUCCGGCGGCGGCCCUCGAGGCCCGAACCGAGAUGGAGAUAGGGACGAUACCAACCCGAGAGGAAGAGGACGGGGCCGUGGUCGUGGCCGAGGAGGUGGCCGAGGAAGAUCGCAACGCGGAAGAGGGGGAGGGGGAGGCCGUGCGCCGGCAUCACCACCGUCGUCCUCGUUAUCCGCACUACCCCCGCCUCAGCCUCGCAUACAACCCGGCAAUGACGAGGCUAGCCGGGACGAAGAAGACACAGAGGCCGAAGUGUGUUUCAUCUGCGCAAGCCCUGUCGUUCACCAGUCCGUCGCCCCCUGCAACCAUAGGACCUGCCACAUCUGCGCCCUGCGCAUGAGGGCCUUGUACAAGAAUAAGGAGUGCGCGCACUGUCGAACACCCGCCCAGUUUGUCAUCUUCACCGACGACGCUACGAAGCGAUACGAAGAUUACUCCGACGCCGACGUUACCAGCGCCGACGAUAACAUCGGUAUUCGCUAUACGAACGAAGAUAUAGUCGGAGACACCGUUCUUCUCCUGCGCUACAACUGUCCUGAUGCCUCCUGCGACUUUGCCGGCCUCGGCUGGCCCGAUUUACACCGGCACGUUCGUAGCUCGCACCAGAAGAAGAUGUGCGACCUCUGUACCAGAAACAAGAAGGUUUUCACCCACGAGCACGACCUGUUCACCGACAAGGAGCUCGAGAAGCACAUGCGACACGGUGACGACCGUCCCGGUACCGUUGACCAGACAGGCUUCAAGGGCCACCCGCUUUGCGCCUUCUGCGGUCAGCGGUUCUACGACGACGACAAACUUUAUGAGCACUGCCGAAGCAACCACGAACGCUGCUUUCUAUGCGACAGAGAAGACCCUAGACAGCCUCAUUACUACCGUGAUUACAAUUCCUUGGAGGACCAUUUCAAGAAGGGCCAUUUCCUUUGUCCCGAUCGCGAGUGCCUGGAGAAGAAAUUCGUCGUCUUCGGCUCCGAGAUGGACCUGAAGGCACAUCAGCUCAGGGACCAUGGGAAUUCGCUAGCCAAGGACGCGAGACGCGACGCUCGUUUGGUGGACAUGGCUAGCUUCAACUAUCGGCAGCCCUAUCAGCCCAAUCAGCGACGUGGCGGCGGCGGAGGGUCCGGUGCAGAUAGGGAUGGCGACGGAGAACCACCGCGAGAGCGACGAGGAAGAGGUCGCGAUCCGAACGCAGAACCGAUUCCGGCCAGCUCGGCACAGCCGCUUCGGCGGGACGAGCUCGCUCUUCAGCGGCAGGUGACCAUACAUUCCUCACAGUCCGUAUCAAAUCGGACUUUUGGCGGACAGCUGUCAUCACCGUCACCAUCAGCUCCGGGACCUGUACCAGCAGCAGCUAACAACGCCGCACCGCCUAACCAGAUGAGCCAGCGUGCGACUGGAGGCCCCGCUUCGACGCCAGGUGCACCUGUUGCGGAGAUGGGAGGACUAAGCCUGACAGACCCGAAUCUCACGCCGGAAGACCGCGCACGACUAGUUCGUCACUCGGCGGUGAUUGAGCGUGCCUCGAAUCUAUUACAGAACGACCGUAGCAAAACUGCCGCUUUUCGCAGCCAUAUAUCAUCAUAUAGACAGGACAAGGUGUCCGCCGCUGCCCUAGUCGAUGCGCUCUUCUCGCUGUUUUCGGACACGUCGUCCUCUGCCCUCGGCACGCUCGUGCGCGAGCUCGCCGAACUCUUCGAGGACAAGAGUAAAGGUGACAGGCUGCGGAAGGCAUGGAACGACUGGAGGGCGAUAAAUGAAGAUUACCCGACGCUCCCCGGUUUGGGCGGCAUGCAUGGCGCCACGACGUCGAGCACCGGCUGGGCAGCCGCUGCCGCCAGUUCUCCCGUCGCAGCAGCGGCCGCACCGACGCAAAGACAUACCACUCGAGUGCUCAAGCUCAAGAGCUCUACCCAGCAGUCGCAACGACUAAACGCACAGCAGUCGCCGGCGUUAUUUCCCAGUACCGGAGCGUCUCGUCCGCCUCCAGCGCCGUCUUCGGCAGCCUCUUUCCCCGCUCUACCGUCUAGCACCAACGCAUCCCGAUCCUCCUCGACUGCGUUGUGGGGCUCGACGGGAACAUCGCAAGCGCCGACAAGAACCCCCAGGCCGGCCAAUCGAGACGAGGCGUUCCCGGCUCUCCCUACCGCCCCCAAGCCUACGACCACCAUAUUCGGAUACGGAACGGGGAGCGUACGCAGAGAUAUUGGCGCCUCGAGGAACGCGGGCUCCGCAUGGGGUGCGUCGAACGAAGGCACGCCGGCUCUGGCAGCGGAGGCCGAGGGGAACGACGGUGAGGGAACUACCAAGGGGAAGAAAGGCAACAAAGGUAGAAAGAAGGUCCUCGUGCAGUGGGGAUGAAGAAUACGGAGGCCACGGUCGGGACGGUGGUGUUCGACGGACUACAUGAGACGAUGAAGCGGCCGG